AAAAGAAAAAUAAGAAACGAGUAGCGAAAGAUACCUUAUAUAUGAGUAUGUGUGUAACUUUCGUGUAGCGCGGAUUCUGAAUAAACUGUCAAGCUAUGGUAUCUUAAACCCGAAAUAUGCGAGCUUUGUGAGCGUAUCAGCAAUAGAAGGUGUCAAAGUCAAGGAAUAUAUAUUGAUGAAGAAAGCUAAAGAGAAGUAGGAAAGGAGAGGCGAGCGAAAAGGUUUUAUACCAUCGCUCAGGUGGCACAGUCAAAAAGAAGAAAAAACGAAAAAA